CACACCUCUAAUCUAGGGCUCAGCCUUGUUUAUGGAUUUCAGCCGUCUCUCUGUCUCUCCAGUCUCCACUCAGCUCCACCGGCGGCCGGCCUUAAAUUAGUCUUCUCCGUCUGGCCUCUGCUCCGUUUCCCUUCGCCUUUCCUAACCCGCAAACCCCCAAAUCAAACCAAACAUCAGAGGUGAAGAAUAGAAGGAUUUUCGGUUUUGAUUUCGAUUGAAGCCUCAUUAUUCUAUCAAUUUAAUGGCUCGACGUCGUCGGCGACUCAAAAUCGUAGAGGAUGCAAGUAGGGAUUUAAUAAGUGAGCUGCCGGUAGAGGUAAAGGACAGAAUUUUGGAGUAUUUGCCGACCCGAGAUGCCGCCAGAACUGCUCUGCUCUCAAGGCAAUGGAAUGAUGUUUGGUUGCAGCAUGAGCGGCUUGCGUUCGAUUCCGAAUUCGUGCAAAAUUUCCAACAGUCCCAAGAUGAUGAAGGUAGAACCCUCGUGAACAUAAUCAAUAAUAUCCUCUUUUCCCGUGCUGUUCCUGUUAAGAAAUUUACUCUGCAUAUAGACACUGCAUAUGAUCCUUCGCCCUCGCCGCAGCAAUCUGAUAUUGAUAGGUUGUGUCUUUUUCUCUCAAGUAAUGGUGUGGAGGAACUUAACUUAUCUUUAUAUAGUAAUCAAGAGCCAGAUUAUCAGCUGCCAUUUUGUUUACUCUCUUGCAAGACAAUUAAGAAACUGAUUGUGGAAGGUCCUUUUAUUGAUUUGCCUGUAAAUGCUUGUGGUAUAUUUUCCAAUGUCACUUCAUUAGAGUUCUUGCAUGUUGAAUUUAAGCGUGGUGUUAAUGGAAUUGCCUCUAGUAUUAGUAUUCCUAAGCUUGAGAAGCUGGCUCUCGAGCAUUGUAGAGGGAUCAAUAAAUUUGAGAUCAGCCCUCCAAAGCUUGAAAUCUUGUCUGUUAUUAAUUGUAUGGGUGAUGUGGUUGAGUCGAGAUGGUUGGCACCGCAUUUGAAAGCCAUUAAGACUCUUUGGUUGUGUGGCUAUUCGUUGAAGUGUAUGAAUGUAUCUAUGUUUUCAACUGCAAUAAAUCUGCGAGUGCUGAAGCUAUAUGAAUUAGAUUUUGGUUGUCGGAGGCAGCUCAUCGUUUCUAUGGUAUUGCUUCAAAAAUGCCCCAACCUAUGUGAACUGCGGAUUAUGGCACAUAAGUUAGGUUGGAAGGAUGACAUGACAAUGAACGAUGCUGCUUUAAGGCUUUUGGAGGAUCGAAACAGUUGCUUGUAUAGUCAAGAGCUGCAUAUGCUUAACACAAUUAAGAUUGAAGCAUUCAGUCAUCAAUCCGCACUCGAAAUGCUUUUUAUGAAAACGCUGCUAUUGAAAUCCCCUGCGCUAGAGAGAGUUGUUAUAGUGAAGUCUUGGCGUAUGAAUGCCUCCGAGGUGAGAAAAAUCCAAAGGAAGUUGGAAUGCUUCCCUCGUGCAUCUCCAAACGCACAAAUUGUCUGCACUGGCAAUGACUAUGCGCGUAUGAGUAAGGACUGGAUGGAUACCCAUGGUAUUAGGCUUGUAGAAUAGUAUGAUGAAUCUCCAUGGCUUCUAUUUGGUUGUAGCUUAGAAAUGUAAGCAAAUGUUGUGUUGGAAGUUAAAAUGUUUUCUAUGUUCAGCAUGAGGUAUGUGUAAUCAGCAAGCAUUGUGGGCAAUUAAAAAUGUUUUUAAUAAAUGUCAACAAUUUCUUCUGAUC